AAGUACUUUGUUAAAAGCCUACGUUGAAUGUAUAAGUAGUGGAGAUGUGCUUUCCAUCCAGAGUGCUGUCCAGUCUCUCUCAGAGAUUGAGAACUCCAGGGCAGUUGCAACAGCAGAAACUCGUUACAAGGAACUGAUGGAUAAAGUGACACUUCCCACUGAAGAUGCCUAUGAACUCCUGCAGCAUCAUAGCUAGAGUGAGAAGGAGGCAAUCGAUGUUUUCACACAGCAGUUCUUCCUGGACGAGGAUAUGAAGUUUCAGAAUGAGAUGAAGGACAAAAUACAGUGUUUGUAUGAGCAGUACUGUAUCACAAAUGAGAAGGAGUCUGAGAAGAAAUGCCGAGCUGUGCUGAAUAAGGUAGCUAAAGAGUUGGAGGAGAAACUGAAGAAAGGCGAAUAUAUAAAACCAGGAGGGUAUAAGAUGUUCUGUUCUGAUCGGGAGAAUGCAGAGAUGGCAUAUCUUGGUGCACCAGGAAAAGGUGUUAAGACAGAAGACAUCCUUCUGGAGUUCAAACAUCAAAAGGCCGUAGAAGCAAAUAAUAUUUUGACAAUGGAUAACAGUCUGACUGCACAAAAGAAAGAAAUAGAAGAUGUAAAACAAAGAAUGGCUGAAAUUCAAAUGCAGAAUAAAGUAAUGGCUGAACAAAUGGCAGUUACUCAGGAAAUGUUGAAGAUGAUGGAAAAUCAUGGAAAAAAAUAUCAAUUCUUUGAUAAAAAUAAUGGAAGAAAAUAGAAAAAGAUAUGAGGAGGAAACUUUGCAUUACUAUAGGAAAAGAGUGAAGGAGCUGGAGGACAGAAUUUAUAAGCUAGAAAAUAAGUCAAGCUGUUUUACUUCAUAAAACUGCAUUCAGAACAAUUAAAAGUUAUAUUUACUUUAUUUUAUGCUCAGAAUAAUUGUAAAUAAAGCUUACAUUUACAUAGCUAUCUACUGUAGCUGCCACUGCCUUUACAUUCAGUAUGUUUCUGCUUCCUUCGUGACACAGCGUACCUUGUUAGCCAAAAGCAUAUUUUUUUUCUGUGGAACACAUCAUUAUCAACUGGCUUCAACUUGACUAUUUAGUCUUUCUGUGCUGCAAAUUAAAAUAUUAGCAGUUGUGAACUUGGGCAUAUGAUAAUUUUACUAGUCACAGUAUAUUGUUUAUGAUAUUCAUUUUGAAAAAGAUCUUGUCUUCAUCUCACCAUCUCUUCAUCACAUAUAAAUGAUUGGGUAUAUUCCUUUUAUCUGAGGGGAAGCUUGUCAAAAGAUAUAUAAUCAGCUUCCUUAUUUUUGUCUUCCUCUAAUCAAAUUGUUAAAGAUAUCAAUACCCAAUUGAUCAACCACUGUCAGGGACAGAGGGAGAACAGCUCUAUAAGAAGAUACCAAACUGCUAACAUAUCUCCAAGACAGUGUGGUCUUUGAUUGGUUUACAUAAACAGCAGUAAGUGCAGGGUUCAUACCUAUCAGUUAUCUAUGAUUUUGUAGAACACUUCUGAUUUUAUCUCAUAUUUUUCCCUUGACCAAAAGAUUUUCAGGUAAAUCACUGUGAAUUACUGUCCGACAGAAAUGCCAAGUAUUAG